AUGAAUCGUUCGACGAUUUUACUGAUUCAUACAAUUACCAAAUCGGCCGAUGAACCUUGGCAAGGCUUUUCCGACUGCGGUUGCUCACAGCCUUUCCCUUCGGCGAAUUUUCUCUUUCACCAAAUGCGGCCUGGAAAAACUUCCUUCUUUGGCACACUAAUUAGUGAACGGGCUGAUUUGCCAAAAGUUUGGGCUCCAACAAAAGAGCUAUCUGCAGACUCUACUGCUUUCCUGCAAGCCGAAGAUAGCGACGGACUAUGA